AUGUCCUUUGAUAUUGAUUUUGAAAGUCAUUCUGAUGCUCUGCUUUAUAUUAGAAACGUCAAAGUACAGUGUCACAAACAAUGUCCUUGUGACCCCUGUGAAAAAUGUCCGGCCUCGAAUUAUAGUCCAGUCUGUGGAAAGGAUGGCAAGACAUACAAAUCGAAAUGUCAUGCUGAAUGCAAAAACGUCAAAGUACAGUGUCACAAACAAUGUCCUUGUGACCCCUGUGAAAAAUGUCCGGCCUCGUAUUAUAGUCCAGUCUGUGGAAAGGAUGGCAAGACAUACAAAUCGAAAUGUCAUGCUGAAUGCAAAAACGUCAAAGUACAGUGUCACAAACAAUGUCCUUGUGACCCCUGUGAAAAAUGUACGGCCUCGUAUUAUAGUCCAGUCUGUGGAAAGGAUGGCAAGACAUACAAAUCGAAAUGUCAUGCUGAAUGCAAGGAAACUACCGUACAAUGUACUGGAGAAUGUCCUUGUGAUCCAUGUUCACACUGCCAGGAAGGCGGUCCAAAAGUUUGUGGACCCUAUGGAAAGACAUACAAGAAUGAAUGUUUUGCCAAAUGCUCUGGCAAGAGAUAUUUUCCAUGUCCAAGUUAUGACGGUGGUCAUAAGCGUUAUUAGGCGAAGCAGAAGAUCUAGAGAGCCUUAGCAUUAAAUUAAAUUUUGACUAAC